AUGUCUGCCCCUUCUGUCCACGCCGACGCGCCGCCCGAGCUGGUGUGCGAUCCAGAAGGUCUGCAGUAUGGAACUGGCCCUCAACUGGGAAAAGGCGGCUUCGCUAUCUGCCACCGCGCGAAGCUGCUCAAUCAUGAGCACCUUGGAAACACUACAGUCGCUUUGAAGAUUGUCAAGUCUAAAAUGGAGCCUCCCAAGCUCGCGCAAAAGUUUGUAACAGAGCUCCAAAUACACUCCAAAUUAGCACAUCCAAACAUCGUUGAAUUUUAUCGCGCCUUCUCUUUCCAAAAGAGCACAUACGUCGUGCUCGAGCUCUGCGAGAAUGGAUCGCUUGCCGAUGCAAUCAAGAAACGAAAGUACUUCACCAUGCCCGAGAUCAGACGGUUCAUGAUCCAGACAUGCGGCGCUAUAAAAUAUUUACAUCAACGGAAUAUUGUUCACCGAGACCUGAAGACGGGCAAUCUUUUCCUGGAUGGCGAUAUGAACGUGAAGGUGGGCGACUUCGGGCUUGCUGCACUCCUGGUAUCACAGAGCGAUUACGGCGCCAUUCGUCGGACGACCAUGUGUGGGACACCGAACUACCUCGCACCUGAGGUACUAGAGAAGACCGGAAAGGGCCACGAUGAGAAGGUGGACCUCUGGGCAAUAGGUAUCAUGAUGUAUACAUUGGCUGUCGGUAGAGCACCUUUCCACUCCACGAAGCGAGAAGACAUCUAUCGCAAGUUGAAGGCGAGGGAGUACUCAUGGCCCGACCUAGCAAAGUGCCCGAACGAAAUCACAGACGACCUGCGGGACAUAGUGUCCCUACUCCUUGUACACGAAGACGAACGACCCACGCCUGACGAGAUCGUCGCCCACCCAUUUUUUACUUUGGGACAUGUACCAUUAACCCUGGACAGCGCAUGCACGUCGCGCGUCCCGAAGUGGUCAAAAGUUCGACCACCAACCGCUGCCACGAUCAAACGCGGCUACACAGACGAAUGGUGGACUUUGUGCAAAGCUUCUGCUGUGGGCAAAUACGGUCCUGAUCCUGGUCAAACAUUUGGUGCCUAUGGAAGUAGGAGGAACAAGACGGUAGCGCGAGACUGCCAGAAGGAGAUCGAGUCCGGAAAACAGCCAAGUAUACCUUUUGCGCAAGAAACUGUAUAUCUGCCAUUCCCUGCGCGUGUGCAAUGGCCUUUCCAGAACGCAGGGCUGAGCGAUAUAACGGAGGAGAAGGAUUCGUCUUCGGAAGGUCAAGCUCUGGUAGAGACAACAGGCAACGACCGGAUGAAGGGACGGCCAGUGCGCGCAAGAAGGGCAGAAGUCAUGCCGACGUUGAAAGAGAACAACGACCCAACACAAGAGCCGGAGCCUGUGCAAAGAGUACUGGAGAAGCAGCCCACGCGUAUGAGGACUGUUCGUAAAAUAUCUAACCCAAGGGUGACAGCGGCUACUGCCCCUGCAGCAGUACCUUUAAAGAUGCCAAGGGAAACUCGCGCGUCCCAGCGAGUAAAAACAGCUAGAGUAGCGUCUAAGGAGAAGGAAGAACUGCAGCAGGAAAUACCACCGCUGCGAGUUUCGAAGAUCAGCUCCAGGACAGCGCAAAAGCAGGAACCAUCGGUGCCUAAACCGGUAACUUCCCAGUCAACAACGACACGAACAGCACCGCGACUCCGUGCAUUGAGCACUGAAGUGCCCGCAACUGAUCCUACAUCGGUAUUGACUCAAUUACACACUUUCCGAGACAACCUAGCGCGAGCCCUGGAGAAGAAGCCCACCUAUUCCAAGCGAGACAAGCAGAAGAAACUACCGUUUGUGUCCAAAUGGGUAGAUUACUCGCGAAAGUAUGGAGUUGGCUAUGUCCUCGACGGAGGCAGUGUAGGUGUCUUGACGGCAGCGACAAAGGAUUAUCCCGUGACUGUGGGCUUCACGACGAACGGAUUACACCAUCUCAAACAGCUUUCGAAGGACCCAGACUACUUAAAGACAAUUCCAAUCCAGUUCUGGGCUGCUCCAAAGGGAGAUCAAGGCAUUUGCCGCGUGAAGAUAUCGGAACAACGUCGCGCUGACGAUAUCCGAUUGUACUGGCAGAAGUUUUGCAAGUACAUGUGCUCGGAGCUAGGCGACGAGAAUUGGCCUGAAAAUGACGGCGAGCGGCCUAACUUCGUCAAAUUCUAUCAGCGUCUCGGCAACUUCGGAAUCUGGGGCUUCGAUGAUGGUUCUUUCCAGUUCAACUUCCCAGACCACACGAAACUGGUCCUAUCCGCAGAUGCGACAUACGGCAAGCUCGUAUGCCUCUCAAUGGAGGGAGCAGCGGUUCUACAAGAAACGAAAAAGGUCCCAUGGGACUACGUCAAGAGCCGUGAGACGCUUCAUGGUUCUCUUCAACAGCUAUUGUACGGUUCCGUUCGCCAGGAAGACAGCUAUAAAGAACUCACCGAAGCCAACGGCCUGCGAGGAAAAUUGGAUUUCGUCCAGACCAUCGUUCAGGACUGGAUCUCUGGCGGAGGUCUGGGAUGCCUAGGAGAGCUCAAAGAUUAUGAAUGGAGAGGAGCACAGCCGGUCACAGACCGUAAGAGGCACGAUUGGGCCAGUGCUGUCAGCAAGCGCGCCGGGCGCAAGAAGGACGCUGCCGCCGGUGGUGGGGGGCAGAAGGCCGGAUUCGCGAAGAAAGCUGUCUUCGAGAGCACCAAGAAAAAGGAGGUUGGCGUAUCAGAUCUCACGUUGCUCAGCAAGAUUUCAAACGAAGCCAUCAAUGAGAACUUGAAGAAGCGUUUCGAGAACAGAGAAAUCUACACGUACAUUGGGCAUGUGUUGGUUUCUGUCAACCCGUUUCGGGACCUGGGGAUAUACACAGACCAGGUCCUGGAUAGCUACAAGGGCAAAAACAGAUUGGAGGUUCCUCCGCACGUCUUUGCAAUCGCCGAAUCCUCAUACUACAACAUGAAAGCGUACAAGGAGAACCAAUGCAUCAUCAUCUCCGGCGAGUCCGGUGCAGGCAAGACUGAAGCCGCGAAACGGAUAAUGCAAUACAUUGCCAAUGUGUCGGGAGGCAGCAAUAGCGGAAUUCAGGAGAUAAAGGACACUGUGCUGGCCACGAACCCUCUCCUCGAAUCUUUCGGUAACGCGAAGACGCUGAGGAACAACAACUCUUCGAGAUUCGGAAAGUACCUCGAGAUACAGUUCAAUGCGCAGGGCGAGCCAGUCGGCGCGAACAUCAACAAUUACUUGUUGGAGAAGACUAGAGUUGUGGGGCAGAUCACGAACGAGCGGAAUUUCCACAUUUUCUAUCAGUUCGCAAAGGCAGCAUCAUCGAACCACAGAGAAAUAUUCGGUAUCCAGCAACCGCAGCAGUACGUCUACACGAGCCGAUCAAAAUGCUACGACGUUCAAGGCAUGGACGAUCACGCCGAAAUGAAAGAUACCCUAAACGCCAUGAAGACUAUUGGAUUGUCGCAGGUCGAGCAGGAUGAUAUUUUCAGGAUGCUUUCAGCGAUACUAUGGCUGGGCAACGUAACUUUCCGGGAAGAUGAUAAGGGCGACACAGUAGUCGCUGACCAGUCCGUCGUUGAUUUCGUCGCGUAUCUGCUGGAGGUAGAAUCUGCACAUGUGAACAAAGCACUCACCACCCGUGUGAUGGAGACCAGUCGAGGUGGACGCCGGGGUUCAGUGUACGAUGUCCCGCUGAAUCCUGCACAAGCGGGCGCUGUGCGAGAUGCGCUAGCGAAGGCCAUAUACUUCAACCUGUUCGAUUGGAUCGUUGCACGUAUCAACAUUUCGCUACAAGCCCGAGAUACGGUGGCCUACUCCAUUGGUAUUCUGGAUAUCUACGGGUUCGAGAUCUUCGAGCGAAACAGUUUUGAGCAGCUCUGCAUUAAUUACGUGAACGAAAAGCUCCAGCAGAUAUUCAUUCAAUUGACUCUUAAGGCAGAGCAAGAAGAAUACGAGCGAGAGCAGAUCAAAUGGACCCCGAUCAAAUAUUUCGACAACAAGGUCGUGUGUCAGCUGAUCGAAGAAAAGCGGCCUCCAGGCGUGUUUGCGAAUCUGAACGACGCCUGCGCAACAGCAAGUGCAGAUCCAGCCGCUGCUGAUCAGACCUUUGCAACAAGAUUGAAUUCGCUCUCUAACCCCAACUUUCAGCCACGGCAGGGCCAAUUUAUCAUCAAGCACUACGCUGGUGACGUGUCGUACGCUAUCGAUGGCAUGACCGACAAGAACAAAGAUCAACUUCUCAAAGACUUGCUCAUUCUUCUCGGCAACAGCUCCAAUAACUUCGUCCACACACUUUUCCCAGAUCAAGUCGAUACCGACAACAAGAGACGUCCUCCGACAGCUGGUGAUAAGAUCAAGGUGUCUGCGAACGCUCUUGUGGACACUCUCAUGAAGGCGCAGCCCUCGUAUAUUCGUACCAUCAAGCCGAACGAAAACAAAUCGCCCACAGAAUUCAACGAGCCCAAUGUCUUGCAUCAGAUCAAGUACCUAGGUCUGCAAGAGAACGUCCGCAUUCGACGUGCUGGUUUCGCGUCUCGUCAGACUUUCGAGAAGUUCGUCGAACGUUUCUUCCUUCUGUCACCGAAAACAGGGUAUGCAGGAGAGUACACAUGGAGCGGGUCGUACGAAAGUGGUGCUAAGCAGAUCCUGAAAGACACCAAUAUCCCUGCCGAGGAGUUCCAGAUGGGCGUCACCAAGGUAUUCAUCAAGACUCCUGAAACACUGUUCGCACUUGAAACGAUGCGAGACCGUUACUGGCAUAAUAUGGCUAUCAGAAUCCAGCGCGCCUGGAGGAACUACCUACGUUACCGGACAGAAUGCGCCAUCCGGAUCCAGAGGUUCUGGAGGCGCAUCAACGGCGGAUUCGAAUUCAUCGAGCUCCGUGAUCAAGGCCACAAGGUCUUGCAAGGCCGGAAAGAACGAAGGAGAUACAGUUUGGUCGGCUACCGCAGAUUCAUGGGUGACUACCUCGGUAUCGGAAACAAGGGUGGACCAGGAGAAGUGGUCGCGAACGCAAUCGGCAUCUCUAACCAAGAGGUACUCUUCUCAUGCCGCGCUGAGGUCCUCAUAUCAAAACUUGGCCGCUCUAGUAAGCCUGAGGCGCGAACGUUAGUGCUGACUAAGUCGAACGUCUACCUUGUCAAGCAGGUCUUAGUCAACCGACAAGUACAGAUUCAAGCCGAGAGAACAAUACCGGUGGGAGCUAUCAAGUUCGUCAGCUGCACCACUCUGAAGGAUGACUGGUUCUCCAUUGGCGUCGGUUCACCCCAGGAGCCUGAUCCUCUGGUAAACUGUAUCUUCAAAACCGAGUUCUUCACCCACCUGACCAAUGUAUUGCGCGGGUCACUAAGCCUUAAGAUUGGAGAAACGAUCGAGUUCAAUAAGAAGCCUGGCAAACUAGCUCAGGUAAAAGCAGUGAAGGAUCCUGCUGUGUCAAGGGACGAUACGUACAAGAGCGGUACCAUCCACACCGCAGCCGGAGAGCCACCCAACUCACAAUCAAAACCCACGCCUAAAGGAAAACAAGUUGCAGCCAAGCCUAUAACGAAAGGCAAGCUGCUACGACCUGGUGGACCCGGCGGUGGGCCAUCAAAACUCGCCGCCCGACCCAAGCCUACACCCGCCGCGGCGCCAGUCGCAACACCCGCAGCUGCCCAACCCAGACCCGUGCCGCAGCCCGUGGCAGCAUUGUCAAAUGGCACAAGUCACGCCCGUAAUGCUUCGGCAUCGUCGAACAGGGCACCGCCGCCGCCUCCGCCACCACCGGCUGCGCCUCCUGCACCUAAAGAACCCACAUUCAAAGCGCUAUAUGACUUCCAAGGUCAAUCAGCUGGAGAGCUAAGCCUCAAGAAGGACGAAGUCAUCCUGAUUACCCAGAAAGAGGGUAACGGUAUGUAUUCUACCAAGACUUCCAUGGAUCAUACUAAUACCCACGCAGGAUGGUGGCUCGCAAGCAGGUUAGACAAAUCAGCAUCAGGAUGGGCACCCUCUGCAUACUUGGAGGAAGUCGUAAACAAGCCUGCACCUCCACCUGCACCACCUGCACCACCAGCUCGGCCUGCCAACGGUGUCCGUGGUAAGGGAGCACCCCCGGCUCCACCAGCUAAACGCCCGGUCGCGAAAAGGCCGGUGGCGGGUGGUGAAGCCCGGGACAGCGGGUACUCGGGGAGCAACUCUGAUGUAGGCGCAAGGGACAGCGGGGGAAGCAUUGCUGGCGGACUGGCGGAGGCGUUGAGGCAACGGCAGGCGGCGAUGCAGGGAAGGAAGGCAGCGGAUGAGGAUGAUUGGUAA